UUGCUGCUCCGAGUAAUGUAGUGACCGCUAGCCGGAUAAACUAAGAAGUAAAACGAGCUGUGCCGACGUUGUUAAACGCGCGGAAACGUGGCUGGUUUAAAGUAACUACGGCACUGAGAUGUUUGCUCGGAGAUAGUCGAGGGCUGCCGCCGCUUUUAUUCCCGCUGACGGGCUGCCGGAGUGGAGCAGGGCUGCUUAGCAGCCAGCAAAGAUGGAUACCGCAGACGAAGCGGACAUUUGUCGGGUAUGUCGCUCAGAAGGCACCCAGGAAAAGCCUCUCUACCAUCCCUGCGUUUGCACCGGCAGCAUCAAGUUCAUCCACCAGGAAUGCUUACUGCAGUGGCUGAAACACAGCAGGAAAGAAUACUGUGAAUUAUGCAAACACAGGUUUGCAUUUACACCAAUCUACUCUCCAGACAUGCCAUCUCGUCUGCCUGUCCAGGACAUCUUCGCAGGGCUGGUCACCAGUAUAGGAACAGCCAUCAGAUACUGGUUCCAUUACACUCUGGUGGCCUUUGCCUGGCUCGGUGUAGUGCCUCUUACAGCAUGUCGCAUCUACAAGUGUUUGUUUACCGGCUCCGUGAGCUCUCUUCUUACCCUGCCAUUAGAUAUGCUUUCCACGCAAAACCUGCUCGCUGACUGCCUCCAGGGCUGUUUUGUGGUCACUUGCACGCUGUGUGCCUUUAUAAGUCUGGUGUGGCUACGGGAGCAGAUCGUCCACGGCGGAGCCCCUCAGUGGUUGGAGCAGCAUCAGCCCCCUCUGGUUCCGAACCAGCCCGACGGUCCCGCACAAGCCAAUGAGGACCCGGCGGCUAACGUUGCAGUCGAUCCCCCGGCCGCGGCGGACGGCGCAGCGGCACAGCGGCCUGCAGAGCACGGUCCGAACGAGCCGGCCCGGGCCAAUCAGCAGGAGGCUGGCAACAACGGAGACGACGCAGAACUGGACGACGACGAAGGAGAGGAUGACGACGACGAAGACGACGAUGGGGAAGAAGAUGACGACGAAGAGGAGGAAGAAGGCAGGGAGGAGGAUGCUGCUGAUGCUAAUAACGGAGGGCAAGAAGAUUUAAACUGGAACGCGCUAGAGUGGGACCGAGCAGCAGAGGAGCUGACCUGGGAAAGGAUGCUCGGACUAGACGGUUCCCUUGUUUUCCUGGAGCAUGUUUUCUGGGUGGUGUCUCUCAACACACUGUUCAUCCUGGUGUUUGCCUUUUGCCCAUAUCACAUUGGCCAUUUCUCAGUCGUUGGAAUGGGCUUUGAAGACUACAUCAAAGCAUCACAUUUCGACGGCCUCAUCACCACAAUUCUGGGAUACAUCCUCCUGGCUGCUGCUCUCGUAGUCUGCCACGCGUUGGCAUCGCUAGUGAAGUUCCAGCGGUCCAGGCGCCUUCUGGGUGUCUGCUACAUUGUUGUCAAGGUUUCCCUGCUGGUUGUCAUGGAGAUCGGCUUGUUCCCGCUCAUUUGUGGCUGGUGGCUCGACAUUUGUUCCCUGGAAAUGUUUGAUGCAUCUAUAAAGGACAGAGAGCAGAGCUUUGACUCCGCUCCAGGUACCACAAUGUUCCUCCACUGGUUGGUCGGCAUGGUUUAUGUCUUUUACUUUGCUUCCUUCAUCCUUUUGCUCAGAGAGGUUCUUCGGCCAGGUGUGCUGUGGUUUUUGAGGAAUCUGAACGAUCCGGACUUCAACCCGGUGCAAGAGAUGAUUCACCUUCCAAUCUACCGACACCUCCGGAGGUUUAUACUCUCAGUGGUGGUGUUUGGCUCAAUCGUUCUGCUGAUGCUUUGGCUUCCAAUCAGGAUUAUUAAACUCUUCUUCCCAACUUUCCUUCCCUACAACGUCAUGCUUUACAGUGACGCUCCAGUCAGCGAGCUGUCGCUGGAGCUGCUGCUGCUUCAGGUGGUUCUGCCUGCGUUGUUGGAGCAGGGUCACACUCGCCAGUGGCUCAAACGUCUCGUCCAUGCCUGGACCUUCACAGCUGGCUACGUGCUAGACCUUCACUCAUACCUCUUGGGGGACCACGACGAUGACGAAAACCAACCAGAUAACCCCCCUAAUCGACUAAACAACAACCGCAUCCCUGGCCUCGGGGAGGGGCUUCAUGCCGCCCACCAAGCCAUUCUGCAGCAGGGCGGUCCUGUGGGGUUCCAACCCUACCACCGGCCCCCCAACUUUCUCCUCAAGAUCGUCCUGCUGGUGGUCUUCAUGUGUGUAACUCUGUUACUUGCGAGUCUGAUCUGUCUUACGCUGCCAGUGUGUGCGGGCCGCUGGCUGAUGUCUCUGUGGAUGGGCAGUGCGGUGGUCCACGAGCUCUACACGGCAGCCAGCGGUCUGUACGUCUGCUGGCUGGCCAUCCGUACCGCCACGGUGCUGCUGUCCUGGAUGCCGCAGGGAAGGACCGUCAUCAUGGUCAAAGUUCACGAGUGGACGCUUACGAUCUUUAAGACCAUCGUGGUAGCCGUGAUGUUAGCCGGAGUGAUCCCUCUGCUGUUGGGUCUCCUGUUUGACCUGGUCAUCGUCGCUCCUCUCCGGGUCCCUCUGGACCAGACGCCUCUCUUCUACCCUUGGCAGGACUGGGCCCUGGGUGUCCUUCAUGCCAAAAUCAUUGCGGCCAUAACGCUGAUGGGGCCCCAGUGGUGGCUUAAGACAGUCAUCGAGCAGGUGUACGCCAACGGCAUCAGAAACAUCGACCUUCAUUUCAUCGUGUGGAGGUUGGGCGCCCCCGUCAUAUGUCUCCUGCUGCUGUCGCUCUGUGUGCCCUACACCAUCUCUAAAGGCAUCACGCCACUGCUGGGAGUGCAGCCAGAAAUGCAGAUACUGGUGGAGAGGAGAAUCUAUCCGUUCCUGCUGAUGGUGGUCAUACUGCUGGCCAUACUGUCCUUCCAUAUUCGGCAGUUCAAACGACUUUAUGAGCACAUCAAAAACGACAAAUACUUGGUUGGACAGCGAUUGGUGAACUACGAGCGGAAGACGGGCAGGAGCUCCGCCCCUCACAGCACCUUCUCACAAGCCUGACACCGCUGCAGGAGGACUGGCGCUGACUCCCCCUGCCUCACACCGGGGGCCAUCAGCAGCUCCUCUGUCUGCUGUUUCUUUUCUCAUCUUCAAACACUACAUUUAAAACCUCUGACUGCAGCCUCAGCCCCUUUCUUCUCCAGCAUCUCCCCCCCCAGUACCAGUCUGGGAAGCAAAGACGUUGACAAGUGAAGGCACAAACUCUGCCUCCGACGUUUUUCAUGUGAGGUUGAAAUUGUGAACAAAGUCUUUAAGCUUGUUAAGCUCUCUGCUGGAAUCAAACUUUGCAGACUUACGAAUGCGCUCCCCCGGCCCUUCUGAUCUAGUCCCCCUGCUCAGGUGAUGUUUUUGUUUUACUUUCCAGAAGUUUGCUUCAAAUUCAGGUCGGACGAGCAAAGCUUUUACCUCAGAAUGAGCUUCCCUUUGAGGAUUUUUGUAGAAUAAAUGCGUCGUCCUUUACAUGUUUUUUUUUUUGUUUUUUUGUUUUUUAGAGCUGUGAAGGAGAUCUUUGGACUUUGGUUGGUUUAUUUCCAAAGUUCAGGUCUCAGACUCAAAGGAUCUCCACGGUAAAGAGGGCGGUGUUGAAAACUGAUGGAUGGGGACAAAGAGAAUCUUCUGACUGAGAAAAGAAUUUGUAAAGAAAAUAAGUUUCUGGAUGAAAAUGUGAAUGACAUGGUUUUCUUUUUAUGAUGUCACUCUUGAGUUUUAGCAGUAGGCUGCUUUAUAGCUUGUUUUUAGACAUUUUCUAACCGAAUCAUUUUUUUUUAGCUGUGGGCAAAAAGAGUGGAACAAGGCUGGUUUAUAUCUUACUACAUCAAGGUUGAGCCCAAAAGAAACACACAAAAACAACAGUUUCAAAUCGAAAUGAAAAGACUAAAGAGGUAAAAGCAACAGCUCAAAAGAAGUAACACUUCCAAGAAUAUCAGUUUUCAGACGUAGAAAACAACCAUGUUCCUCUUUUUUAAUUAUUACUUGCUAAGUUCACAGGGUUUCGUUGAAGGAGGGGUGCAGCGUGGUGUGCGUCGAGCUAAUAACAGCUAGCGUGUUAGCUUUUUAGUUCCCGGGCAGGAACUUUACUCACCGUUUUUUGUCGCUCAAACAUCGACGCAUUUAAAAUAAACAGAUGACGGGUAGCCUGACUUACAAUACGCUGGGGGAAACCCUGAUUCAUAAGAAGUUCUUAAUUUCAUUAGAAUCUUUUUUUAUUCAAAUGGUUUGUUGACAACAUUGUAACAAAGACACUGUUAGCAUUAGCAGUUUAAGCAGGUGAGUAAAAUCUAGGUUUUAUCCUGGUUGGAGUGCUACCUUAGCAGAGCUGACUCUUACAAUUCAAGCCCCUUCUGUGUCUUGCAGAAGUAUUUACAGCCCCUGAACAUUUCCGCAAAGUAGAUUGUGGCUGUUAUGUGACAAAAAAAAUGACAAAGUUCUGUAAAACUGAGCCACUCAGUACAUCUUUCAUUAGUGGUCGGACCAGAAGCUGCACAGAGGCGGCGUUUCAAAGCUGCUGCUGCUUUCCCUUUAAAUGUGAGGUUUGGCGCAUGCUGUGCAUGGAAAUGUUGAGGGAGACGGAGGCUUAUGGGCAGAGAUCAGUCAAGAGGAUUCACUGGUUCACUUGUGCGUUUUUCAGAUCUCAAAUCUAGCCGAACUUAGCUUGAGCCCGAAACGCUUUACUGCAUUUGACAGCAACGGAACAGGAAACCAGAGGUGGACGCUCCACAGUCGGCAGCCUAAAAGUCAGAUGGUUCAAGCUCCAAGUAAAAGGCAGCUAAACGCUUUUAUAUUCCUGCGUGCAUGAUCACAUUUCAGAGUAUGGAGUCAUGAAAUGAUCCAUGUACAUCUGUUAACCAGCCUCUAGAAGUCUGACUCCGGAUUAGCUGCAAGAACAAAAUGUGGUCCGGAAAAUAUCACCAAUAAACCUGCAUGACAGUUUUGGUGUUGGUUUGUUUUCUAACUGUAUGGUUUUUAAAAGUCUGACGUUAUGUGGGUUUAAUUUCAAAUACAUCUCACUACAUGCGCGUCGCUUUGUAUUUAGGGGAAAACGAAGCUUAGGAAGUGCGCUCAUGUAAUGUUGGGCAAAUCUCCUUUGCACGUUCCACUUCCUCCGUCACCUAAUAAUCAUAAAACACUCACCUGCGCAUGUGAAUAUGAAAUCUAAACGGCUGCUGGCCGCUAAUUCUCUCACGUGUUGGACCAAGUUCUCCGCAUGGCUCCGCUACGCUUUCUCAUUUUCAGCCAUGCUCUGUGUACACAGUUACUGACCCGUGCCGGAGAUAAAUCACUCAGUCGAGAUGCUUGAGAAAUGCAUGAGUUGUUUUUUUAGUGACUAAAAAAGACCCAGCCCUUCUCUGACUUCCUAUUACUGCCAGUGAGAAAAGUCACAUUUUCUGCUGUGUUCUAAAACCCUAAAGAGACAUUUAAUUUAUUUUUUAGUUUUUUUUUUGUUUUGUUUUUUGGAUCAGUAAUGGUCACGAAGAUUAAAAAGGUGUUUAUUCAUUGUUUUACUGUGUUGCACUUUAUGUUCCAGUUGCAAUCAUUUCAAUCUGUUCAAAGAAAAUCAACAUAGCUGGAUUUGUGUGUUUCAUGAGACCGAUGCUGAGAGACACCUGGAUCUGACGGUAGCGACUCCCUGAUUUAACCUAAAGGAUGAAAUGACUUUGGCAUCUGUUUCCUGUAAUGAGUUUUACAUUUGAGUUGCUAUUAACUACUUCUCCGCUGCGGCGGAUCCUGAGUUUUCCUUUAUGUCUAGUACCUGUAGCUGUGCUGCUGUGUGGAAUGCUCAUGUGUCAGAAAGGUGCUAUAAAGUGACCUUUUUUAGUAGCUUUGAUCUGAGCUGGACGUAUUGAAUUUUAAUGCUGAAUUUCAAUUUCUAGAAGCAAAUAAUUUCUAUUUUUAUAUGUGCAAAAAAAAAAGGCAGUGGCAUGUACUGUAACAUAAAGGUAACAAAAAAAAGUAGAAGUUUUAUUGAUUUGAUGAUUCUGUCAUAUAAACAAUAAACAGAUGUUAAGACUC